AUGGAGACCCUCGAAUCGAGCCGCGUAUGCCGCCUUUGCGGCCAGCACUCCGGCAUCUCGAUCAACAUCUUCGACACGAGCGAGAAUCACGUUCGGAAAAUCAACGCUGUGCUGCCGAUCAUGGUGCACGAGAUGGAUUUAUUGCCGAAGCAAAUGUGCCACCGGUGCAGCUACAAGUUGGAGGAAUUCCACAAAUUCUACAUGAACUGCCUGAAGACGGAUGCGGCGCUCAAAAGUCAACUAUCGUGGAUGCGGAAGGGUGGCGUUAGGGAGAAAGUUGGAGUACCGAUGGUGCAUAUCGAGAACAUGAAGGAGAUCAAAGCAGAGCCGCUCGACUAUGACGUGUACGAGUUGGAGCCGUUGGUGGAGAACAUCGACUAUAUUAACUCGAUGAACUCGGUGACGUUCCCGGCCGACAGCAUUCACAACGGAUUGACAUACACGACGUUCUCUCGAUGUUGCUGUGAUAAGAAAGAUCAGAGCAGAUCGAGAAGAACAUCGGAGCUCUGUCAGAAUUAUCAAGGACAAAUGCCUAGAUGUGGCAGAAUCGCAAAUGUCUCGCAGAAGAAGACUUUCGAAGACGCUGCACAAUUAAAAUCGAUUAAGAGAAAUCUUUUUACACAGUCGGUAUUCCCAGAUUGCCCUCAGAAUCGUCUGCAGCAUGUCGAGAACGUUGUCGAGAACACCGUUGAAAAUGUACGAGAUUGUCUUGUUACAGUAACGAGUACCAAAGAUGCCACUCCGGAAACGCGAAACCAUUGUCAUGGUAAACUCGGAACGCUUCUUAAGAAUCAGCCGGUAACCAGGAACACAAUAGUGCGGAACCUGAGACCCAGAAAAAAUCUGAAUUAUGCGCAGGUCAAGCACAAAAAAACCAGAUCGAGUAUUAAUCCGAGGCCAUCUACAUUGACCAAGUCAAAUGUUUCUGAGGCGAUAUCCUAUCCAAACGUUGAGCUGAUGCGGCAUAUCAAGGUUGAGUUAAUAGAAGAGUCUAAAGGACGCAACUUAAGGCCAAGAAGGAAUGUUGUGGAUUAUCAGGAAUCAAAGAUAAAGAAGGUUUCAGAUUAUCGCUCAAAGAAACGCAAAUUGGACGAGGAAAGCUCGAAAUUAUGCUCGAAAAACGACAGUACAUCGAAUGCUUUGGAUUUUAAGAUAAAGCAAGAGACUCUAUAUAGAGAUUUGGAGAAUACAAUGCUUAGUGAAACAACCAACACGACGCCACAAUUACCGAGCAAGUUCUUACCCGCAAAGAUUGAAGCAAUGACGAGCCACAAUAGUAUCAGUCUGCAAGAUGACUAUCUCAAGUCGCAAUUUCGGGUUCAAUUGACCGAACAAAAAUCAUUUUCCAACAUCGUGAGGAAUAGGUUAGCUAAGGCAAAGAAGGUUCUCAGAGUAAAUUAUUCGCCAAAGUACUUGAGAAGUCAGGACAUUUAUCUGAGGAAUGGUAAGAUAAGAAAUAACACGGAGUGGUCAGUGAAGAAACUGCAGACGAGAAAAUUGACGAACACGGUCAACAAAAACACGAAAAAAUCACCGAUGCUGAAGUUAUCCGAAAAUAUUAAACAUUAUUGCGAAUCGUGCAACGUCAGAUUUAUAAAUAAAGAAUUAUUCAGACUACAUGCAUGUUACUACGAUUGAUCUUUCGCCACAAGCACAAAAUC